AUGCGUACACAGACGGCAAUGGCGACCACCAAGACGCCCCUCCUCCUCUUCCUCGCGCUGCUCCUCGUCCCGCACCUCACCGCGGCCACGCCCGGCCACCAGCGCCGGCUGCUCCAGAGCCACGGCGCCGACGACGGCAGCGACGUCUUCGUCGACCCGUCCUACUCCUUCGCCAAUCCGCGCCUCCGCGAUGCCUACGUGGCGCUGCAGGCCUGGAAGCGCGCCAUCCUCUCCGACCCGCGCAACCUCACCGGCUCCUGGUCGGGCCCCGACGUCUGCUCCUACUACGGCGUCUUCUGCGCGCCGUCCCAGGCGGACCAUUACAUCACCGUCGUCGCCGCCGUCGACCUCAACCACGCCGACCUCGCCGGCCACCUCCCGGAGGCGCUCGGCAGGCUCGCUGACCUCUCCGUCUUCCACGUCAACUCCAACCGCUUCUGCGGCCUCGUCCCGGCCUCCUUCCACGGGAUGCACCUGCUCCACGAGCUCGACCUCAGCAACAACCGCUUCGUCGGCGCCUUUCCCGACGUCGUGCUCCGCCUGCCCAGCCUCAGGUACCUCGACCUCCGCUACAACGAGUUCGAGGGCCCCGUGCCCAAAGAGCUCUUCGACCUCCCGCUCGACGCCAUCUUCAUCAACUCCAACCGCUUCCGCUUCCAGAUCCCCGACAACGUCGGCAACUCACCGGCGUCUGUCCUCGUGCUCGCCAACAACGACUUCGGCGGCUGCCUCCCGGCUUCCGUCGCCAACAUGUCCGGCACGCUCAAUGAGAUCAUACUCAUGAACACCGGGCUAAAGUCGUGCGUCCCCCCGGAGCUCGGCAUGCUCACCGCCCUCACCGUGCUCGACGUCAGCCACAACCAGCUCAUGGGCGCCAUCCCCGCCGAGCUCGCCAACCUCCACAGCAUCGAGCAGCUCGACCUUGGUCACAACCGCCUCACCGGCGACGUGCCGGAGGGGAUCUGCCACCUGCCGCAUCUCCAGAACUUCACCUACUCCUACAACUACAUCACCGGCGAGCCGCCGGUGUGCAUGCACGUCAAGGCAUUGGACGAUCGCCGGAACUGCAUCCCGAACCGCCCUGACCAGAGGUCAACCGAGCAGUGCCAAUUCUUCAACAGCAACCAUGUCAACUGCGACGCCUUCAGGUGCAAGAAGUUCGUGUUGCCGUCGCCGCCACCUCCUCCGCCUUCACCACCGCCACCAACCCCAUCUCCUCCGCCACCUUCACCACCGCCGCCGUCGCCUCCUCCACCAACCCCGUCUCCUCCACCCCCGUCUCCAUCACCCCCACCUCCGUACUACGAGGUCUCACCUGAGGAACGGUACCUUUCGCCGCCACCUCCAGCGUACCAAGAGCCGACAACGCCUCCCCACUACGAGGUGCCAGCUCCCUACUACGAGGUGUCACCGGAGGACCGGUACCACUCACCGCCACCCGCAGCUUACCAAGAGUCUCCACCUCCGCCCUACUACGAGGUGUCACCAGAGGACCGGUACCUAUCACCGCCACCGCCAGAGUACGAAGAGCCGACAACACCGCCCCACUACGACCUACCAGCGCCGCCCAACUACGAGGUGUCACCGGAGGACCGGCACCUCUCGCCUCCACCACCGGCGACGUGGAAGAUGCCGGCGUACGACUACUCGUCGCCGCCUCCACCGGCUGCCGGGCAGCCAUGA